CGAAAUUCAGCAAUUUUGUUCCAAGACAUAACGGAGGCAAUUUUGUUCCAUUUCUCCUCUCCCGGAGUCGCUCGCCGCCCACAAUGCCUCCCGAUGCUUCUGCACUCCGUUUCUCCGCCUUCUCCUCAAUCCCGGCCUUCAAAGACCCAAUACCCUCUUUCUCUUUCAGUUCCUCCUCCUUUCUCCCUCUGCCGAAAUCCCCCGGCCAAUCGCCGACCCGUUUGGUCCGAUUCGCUGUUAGGUCCUCUGGGUCGGGUCAUUUCAUAGGCGACGAUGCGUUCGGGAGCUAUCCUUGGGAUCCCUCUGAUUCUUCAGAUCCUUUGGUGCAAUGGGUACAAGAGGAGAAAGUCACACUGUUCACAACCGACGGGCUGAUACAAAUUGGAGGGAAUUUGGUCCCGCAGCGUAUUUCUUCCUUUGACAAGAAGCAAGGAAAAGUGAAAAUGGUUCAGAGAGUACAACGGUACCAAGAGAGUGAUUACAUGGAUCCAGAGCAAGGCCUAUGUUUGGGUGCACUUUUUGAUAUUGCAGCUACAAACGGUCUUGACAUGGGUCGAAAGCUAUGCAUUUUGGGAUUUUGCCGUUCAGUGGAAAUGCUGAGCGAUGUUGUGGAAGACAUAGUAGUGGAACAAGGUGGCGAGGUUGUCUCUGCUGAAAAAGCAAGCAAUGACGGCUUGAAUGAGAGGCUAACCAUGAGACUCGCGGUUCCUUAUCUCUGGGGGGUCCCACCUGCUUCUGAAACACUUCAUCUUGCGGUCCGAAGCGGCGGGGGCAUUGUGGAGAAGGUUUAUUGGCGAUGGGAUUUCCUGUAAAUGGAUUAUCACUUGUAUUAACUGUGUCCAUUGUCUGUGAAUAGUAAAUGUGUAUUCUUGUUCUGCUGCUAUGUACAAAUUUGCCCAUUCCAUUCAAGUGACUUCUUUUCCCCCCCUUCAUUUUUUUAUAGGAUGACUGAUCAUGAGCUAUUCAUCUCAUGUCAUAGGUAUCCUAAAAAUUUGAAUUUGGGAUGGUACAUAAAAAAACACACCAAAUUGUACAAAUACAUACUCUAAUUUAUUCAUAGCAAAUGGUGUUGCAUAAUAUAUUAGGCUCAAUAUA